AUGUCCUCCACAAGCAUCAAGGAUUUAGAUCCAACUCCAGCACCGCGCCGUACACCACGACCACAAGGCCAGACACAUAGCCUGAGAUCGAUGGCCGGAGACGGCGGCGAGAUGACGCUGCUGGGCCACUGGGGGAGCCCGUUCGUGACGCGGGUGCGGCUGGCGCUGCGCCUCAAGGGCGUGCGCUACUCUUACGUGGAGGAGGACCUGCGCAGCAAGAGCGACCUCCUCCUCCGCUGCAACCCCGUCCACCGCGCCGUGCCCGUCCUCAUCCACGACGGCCGCCCCGUCUGCGAGUCGCGGGUCAUCCUCCAGUACGUCGACGAGGCCUUCGGCUCCCCCGGCGACGCCCUCCUCCCCGCCGACCCGCACGAGCGCGCCGUGGCGAGGUUCUGGGCGGCGUACUUCGACGAGGAGAUGGGCGCGCCGUGGGACCGGGCGCUCAGGGCCGGGACCGAGGAGGAGCGGGCGGCGUGGAUGCAGAAGGUGGUGGACGCGGCGGACGGGCUGGAGCGCGGGCUGGGCGAGUGCACCGACGGCGGGCGGAAAGGAUGCUUCUUCGGCGGGGAACGCGUCGGGUACGUCGACGUCGUGGUGGGCGGCGUGGUCUCGUACGUGCACGCCACCGCGAGGGUCUCCGGCGAGAGGCUGUUCCAGGAUGAAGGCAGGACGCCGCUGCUGGCGGCGUGGCUGCGGCGCUUCGGCGAGCUCGACGCCGCCACGGAGCUGCUCCAGGACGUCGACCGGGUCGUGGAGUACGUCAGGUUCAUACACGCCAAGAACGCUGCCAAGGCACCUCCUGCGAAUUAA